AUGUUUAAAACCCUCUACGCCCUGGGGGUGACAAGUUCCAUAAAUGUUGCCAGAGCUGCAGCAGAGAGACUCCAGUCUGGGAGGAUUAUGGAGGAGAGUGGAGAGGAUGAAGAUGAGGUAAGGUCAAACCAGGGCCCCUUUCCAUUCUAAAUGAAAGGGACAAUUCACUCCAAAGUUUUCAUGUCACCAACAGUAGAUUCCUGCUGGUUGUGGUUCUAAUAAGUCUGUGGUCUGUCCCUGCAGGACUCCUCUUGUGGAUCUGAGGAGAGUCUGAGUGCUUCUGAAGAGUCUCACAGUUCUUCCCCGACCCACUCUCUGGCCUGGACCAAUCCCACUCCCCAGCUCCAUAAAGAGGUGAGAACCACUUCCUGGAGUUGUGGUAACAGGAGAUUCUGCGUAGUGAAAACACCUGCUUCUAUUUCAUCCCUGCUGAACGUGCUACCCUAAGGCUCAAUGCUGAUUGAGUCCAUGUACAAUGAAUGACUGUAGAUCAGUGUGUGGUGUGCGUUUUCUCUCUCUCUCUCUUUAUGCCCUCAGGUCCUGGUCUCGUUCCCGUUCUCGUUCCCGAUCCCACUCCAAGUAAGAACAGUUCUCUGGUGCACUGAUCUCCGUGUUAUGUUAGAUCAGAUUAGCGUGUGUGAUAGUUUUCUUUCCCCUCAGGUCUGGUUCCCGCAGGCACUAUUCCCGUUCCCACCACCAGCGUUCUCGACCCCACUCCAGGUGAGAAGUGCUCUCUGGAGUUUUGAGUCAGCUAUGUUUCCAACAUUGAUUGGUAGAAAAACUGGAUAUUUUCUAUUAAUCCACCAGAGUGAACGCAACACAUUUGAAUUUUUGUUGUCCAUCUCCAGGGGCCUCAUUUAUCAACCGUGCGUAAAUAACAAAUGAUUGGGAUUUAUCAAACUGUUGCAUGCAACAUAUACUCAUGUUUUCAUUGAUAAAUCAGAGCCAUACUAUAUUUGUGCGGUCAUGAAUGAGCAUUAAAACCCCACCUUGAAAACGCCCUCCAUUCACCUUUUAUGGUAACAAAAACAACCUCAUUUGCUGAAUGAUUUGGAAAUGUUGGAACUGGGCCAUGACAGUUCCUUAAAGAAAGAGCAAUGGCAAAUGUUAUCACACUCUGUGUAGGUGUCGGCAGAAUGUUUCAAUCUUUUGCAAUGACUUUUUCAUACUCAACAUGCAUGUGAGUGCCAAACACUGGCUGCACAUUCUGCAAGAUUGAUUGUCUAUUCAAGCAAUUUAAAAGUAAAUGCUACAGCCCACAAGUCUAUGCAAAAGACAAACUGCUGUUCAAUAUUUUGUUUAUCGACAGAUGAUUAUGUUUUUAGCUCCUGGCUUGGUAUAGGCUCUGGGAUUAAAUAGGCUAUGACGUUGUGCACCUGUUGCACAGCAAUUUUAUCAUUAUGUUUUCAUUCACAUUAUGAUGAAUGAUUCCAUUUAACCCAAAUAACAAUGUUUGCUGGCAAUACCAUUCUUCAAACACUAGAAGUUGAGCGUACACAUGGUCUGAGCUGUGCGUGGAGAUACACACACUUUCCCGUGAAGUUCAAAUGUGAUAAAUACCAACCUUUGCGGGAAAACUGGCGCGCACAAGGUUUAGUGUUUUUUGUGCGUACGCACCUUUGAUAAAUGAGGCCCCAGAACUCUUUCCCACAGAAGCUCCCGCAGGCACUACUCCCACUCUCGCUCCCGUUCCCACCACUGGCGUUCUUGGCGCCGUUCCCACAAACCGUCUGCGUCGGAGCCACAGCCAUUCCCCCAACCGCAACAGGCACAUCGGCAACAGGGUAUGUGUACACACACGCGCACACACAAACACACUAAAUGUUAUGAGUGUAGUUGAUGUGAUGGUGUGUGUGUUCCAGGGUGUGGAGAGCAGAGUGGAAUCAGACAGAGGAAGGAAACGAGCAGUUUCCUCCACCACUGAACCAUCAGACACAGACCAGAUCCCAACCCCAACCCCCUCAACCAGACACAGACCAGACCCCAACCCCAACCCCUGAGACCUCCAGUCCACAACCCCCUCAACCAGACACAGACCCCACCCCGGGACCUCCUCUGACCAACCAAAGCCGUGAGUGUCUUUUAAACAACAUAAAACCUUGCCUGUAUAAUGCAAAAAUGAACUAUAUGAGUUUAGAAUGACCCAACAUUUUCCUAACCUCUCAUGAAAUGUAUAAAAGUUUUAAUUCUGUAAAAACCCUGAAAGCCAAAAGCCGAAAUGCGUUGGUUCUACUUUUAACAAUAAAUGUAACAAUUGUAUUUAGUUCCAUUGUCCUCAUGCACCUCAGUUGGUAAGCGAGGUAGCAGCAGAUAUCCCUUCCCUAAUCUCUCAUGUGUCCAUUCAGCAGAAACGGCUCCAAGACAUAUGACGUUCUGCAUCUGACCAAUGCCUCAAGGGCAUACCACAAGAUGUGCAAAGACAGAGGCUACUGCAGAGGACAGACGUGAGUCAGUGUUUGGUGUUUAGUAAUCCUCUAGUCCUCCAGAUGUCUUUGGACAUCUUCUUAUAAGCUAACAAAUAUGUUUUGCUCUCCUCCUCAUUUGCAGGGCCCAGAGUUGUUCCUGCUCAUGGGUAGUGCCCAGAGUCUUUCCUUGACCACAUGACUUGACCAGGAAAAACGUCUGCCCAUGUCUCACUGUUCCCCCAUGUCUCCUCAGGACUUUGCUGGCCCAUUGGAAAACACCUGCUGAAGAACCAAAGCCUCCAAAAGGGAAGACAAAAAAGAAACCUGCUCAAACAUCCCAAAAAAGAACAAACAACGAACCAUCUCAGAAGCACAAAACACAACAGGCAAAGAAACCACACUGUAGUCGCAAGCCCAAGAAGAGGAGGAUAAAGAAAGCUGCCAAAACUCCCCAAAAUACAGACACAAACAAAGAAUUUGCUCAAAUACCAGACACAAACGAAGACGUCUCUCAAAUUCUCCCAAUAAGGGAAGUGGACAUGGAGGCUACUGAAACAUGGGACGCAGCGGACAUUCUGACCUACAAGAUUCUAUGA